AAGAGAGUGGGUUUGACGACGACUCGCUCUGAAAUCCCAGCCGCUGAACCUCUCGUGGGCUGCGCCCCUCCUCUUCCCCACCUUAUAAACCCUUCUCUCCUAUCCGGUUUCUCUUGUCCAAGGAGAAGAAGGCGGUGAAUUGAAGCCCCGAUCGAUCCAUCGAUCGUCGACCACGCCGUGAUUCGGUGCUGGAGGUUUGCGUGGUGUCGAUUUUUUCACUUGAAAGUUUCUGCUGCACUUGAGCAGUGGAUAUUUAAAUAACUUUCUUGGAAGAUAUGAAUCCAUAUAUUGUUGGCAUCUUUGUCCCCCUUCUGUUCUCUUUCAUGUUCCGGAAAUCAAAGGAUGGAAAAAAACGGGGAGUGCCUGCUGAUGUUGGCGGAGAACCUGGAUAUGCAAUUCGUAACUACCGUUUCACUUCCCCUGUGGAAACUCAGUGGGAAGGGGUCAGAACACUUGCUGAAUUGUUUGAGCAAUCCUGCAAGCAGUUUUCAUACAAGCCUUUACUUGGAUCUCGGAAGCUUAUUUCAAGGGAAACAGAACAAACCCAGGAUGGUAGAUCUUUUGAGAAGCUCCAUUUGGGAAACUAUGAAUGGAUGAGUUAUGUUGAAGCUUUCAAAGCUGUAUGCAGUUUUGCUUCUGGUCUAGUGCAGCUAGGCCACAAAAAGGAUGAGCGUGUUGCAAUCUUUGCUGAUACACGGGCAGAGUGGCUGAUUGCCUUACAGGGUUGCUUCAGGCGAAAUAUCACAGUGGUCACUAUAUAUGCUUCCUUGGGGGAGGAAGCUCUUUGUCACUCAUUAAAUGAGACAGAGGUCUCAACUGUAAUCUGUGGAUAUAAAGAAUUAAAAAAGCUGGUUGAUAUAACCGGACAACUUGGCACUGUAAAACGUGUGAUUUAUUUGAAUGAUGAGGGCAUCUCAAACGAAGUAUCAUUGGCUGAGAAGAAUACUAAUUGGACGAUUACAUCGUUUGUGGAAGUAGAGAGACUGGGCCAGGAAAAUCCUGUUGAUGCAGAGUUGCCUGUCUCAACUGACAUUGCAGUGAUCAUGUAUACAAGUGGUAGCACUGGUUUGCCUAAGGGGGUAAUGAUGACACAUGGCAAUGUCCUAGCUACCAUUUCAGCUGUUAUGACAAUUGUCCCUGCACUUGGUAGUAAAGAAAUAUACUUGGCAUACCUGCCUCUAGCUCAUAUUCUUGAGUUAGUAGCAGAGAAUGUAAUGGUUGCUGCAGGAAGUUCUAUAGGAUAUGGGUCACCUUUGACUCUUACUGAUACAUCUAACAAGAUAAAGAAAGGAACAAAGGGUGAUGCUUCCAUCUUGGGACCAACACUGAUGGCUGCUGUACCUGCUGUUCUUGACCGUGUUCGUGAUGGCGUGCGGAAAAAAGUAGAUGCAAAGGGUGGCCUAUCAAAGAAAUUAUUUGAUAUUGCAUAUACUCGUAGGCAGGCAGCUGUUAAUGGAAGUUGGUUUGGAGCGUGGGGUCUAGAGAAGAUCCUUUGGGAUAUUCUUGUCUUCAGAAAGGUUCAAUCAGUUUUGGGAGGUCAUGUCCGUUUCCUACUUUCUGGAGGGGCUCCACUCUCUGCUGAUACACAAAGAUUUAUCAACAUAUGCAUGGGGGCUCCGAUAGGGCAAGGAUAUGGUCUCACUGAAACUUGUGCUGGAGGAACAUUUUCUGAAUACGAUGACACAUCUGUUGGUCGUGUUGGCGCUCCACUUCCUUGUUCAUAUAUCAAACUGAUUGAUUGGCCAGAAGGUGGGUAUUUAAUUACAGAUUCACUAAUGCCUCGAGGGGAAAUAGUUAUUGGGGGUCCGAAUGUAACUCCAGGAUAUUUCAAAAAUGAAGAAAAAACCAAGGAGGUUUACAAGGUUGAUGAAAGGGGGAUGAGAUGGUUUUACACUGGUGAUAUCGGGCGAUUUCAUCCUGAUGGUUGCCUUGAAAUUAUUGACCGUAAGAAGGAUAUAGUGAAACUCCAACAUGGUGAAUAUGUUUCUUUAGGAAAGGUAGAGGCUGUUCUCAUUGUGAGUCCUUAUGUCGACAACAUCAUGCUCCAUUGUGAUCCUUUUCACAGUUACUGUGUCGCACUUGUGGUAGCUGCACAACAAGCAGUAGAAAAUUGGGCUAUGAAGCAGGCAAUUGCUUACAGUGAUUUUGCGGAUUUAUGCCAAAAGGAGGAGACUAUCAAAGAAGUGCAUGGAUCAUUAGUAAAGGCAGCAAAACAAGCACGUUUGGAGAAGUUUGAAAUUCCAUCCAAGAUCAAAUUGCUUCCCGAACCAUGGACACCUGAGUCUGGUCUCGUCACUGCUGCACUCAAGCUUAAGAGAGAGAACAUCAGAAAGGCGUUUGCUGAUGAUCUUGCCAAGCUGUAUGCUUGAAUCCUAGGCAAAUUUAUGAGAGGAAUUUUGCGUUCAUGAUGCUUUCAGUUUGAACAGAAGCAGCUGCUCCAGUUAUUUUUCUUGUUGAUGUGCCCAAGUUUUUGUAGUCUAAGGUUUGCUUUUUUGAUCAAAAUAUUAAAGUUUUUAUAAAGUUUGUUUUUGGUGAAUCUGAAAUGUGCAAUUUACAUUAAUUUUCAAUAAAUUUUUAAAUAAGCUGUUGAACUUGAGUUA